CGGAAACUCAACAAUGUCCCUGCUGGUGCAACAGACUGGGAUGUACCGUACCCGUUUCAAGAAGGUCAGGGCCCACAAGGCUAUGAGGCUACGUGGGCUCAACAACGCGCACGGGCGCUACUCGCGGACCUAGUUGGGCUGAUUCAAGGUGCGGCGAAGAAGGUAGCGGUAAAGGGAUACUACCAGCAGCAGGAGAGGGAGCGGAAGAGGAAA